AUGAAUCUUGGAUCGCAACCAUCAAUGUUUCUCACUCCCUAACCUAACACACAAUAAGCAUCAUCAAUCUUUGGUUAGCCUCAAACAUUACCAACUAUGCAAACACAAUAGGGAUUACAGCCUUAACCCCAACCCUUAUAACCUUUAGCAACGCAACCGUUGUAGCCAUAAUUGACUACCACUGCCAUUGUGUAACCUCCAAAUCAAGCGCAGAAGAAAGGCGAAUUCGAGAACCUUGUUAAGUUUUACAAAGAAAAGCCGGAAUUGACAAAACAAUAGGAAUUGCAAUUGUUCGUAUUACAGACCAAGUAUUUGAAAAAUAGAAUUUAGAAAAAAUUUCAAAAGCAAAUAAAUGUCAAACAAACUCAAUAUUUAUUGGUCGACACUCUCAGUUAGAAGGUGUGUUAAUUAUUUUAAAAAUUUAACUUAAAUGAGCGUAACCUAGAAUACACAAAGAAGGAUGAAUUGCAGAGAUUGAGUUAAAGAAUCAAAGCUGAUUAAGAGAAACAAAACUUGUUGUUCUAAUCUUAAAUCAAAGUCAAGGAAUUGUAUUCACAACCAAUUUCGAACUAUUUGGAACUCAAUAGCAAAUUUCAAAUGAACAAAAAUAUAAUAAAUACAAUGCAGAAAAAAGAAGUGCUUACUCAGAGUAGAUAAACUAAGGAAUUAAUUAACCUAUUACACGAGAAUAGGGCGGAGUAAGUAUAACCCAAAUCUGUUUCCAUUAAAUCUAUUUCGUUUAACACACAUAAUCAACUAAUCAUUGAAAAGUUAUUUAAGGAAUAAGAAUUUUAUGAAAAAUUGGAGCAAUUCUUAGAAUUCUCAAAAUAGAUCAAAGAUAAAAAGAAUAUCGAUAAAACAGACUAUUAUGAAUCUCUGUUUUCUUGUUUUGUGAACAUCUAGAGUGAUCAUAAAGACAUAAUGAAAUUGUUAUCUCAGUAAUUUCAAGGCAUCUAAUUUCAAUCUAAGAAUAUCCAAAAAGAUCUUCUCAAGAACUCAAUCAAAAUUUUAGAAGCAGAAAUGUGCAGAAGAAUUGGAGUCCUUGAUAUAGCUAAUAUUAAUUGUAAUCCAAAUUAAAUAUCUUAUUAUUAGAGAAAUUUAAGGAUAUCUACUAUGAGAUCUUAUCAAAACGUCUAAACAUUCAAAGCUGGAAUCUUAUUCUUACUUAUGAGAUGUGGAUAACUAAAAUAAGCAAAGUCAAUCAUAUUUUAAUUUGCUAAACAUCAAAAAUAUUAAUUAUUUUUUGAACUCCUUGAAGAUAGGAUUGAAACAAAUCAAUAAAAAAUAUAAAAGCUUGAUUAAUUUUGUGAUGACGACCUAUUUGAAUAGUGCUAUUUGAUUGCCUUCGAUUCAGGAUCAGUGUCCUAAGUCUUUGAAAAUCAACAUUUCCCCUAAGAUUAAGACCUAUUCUUUUGGAUGACUCUAAAAACUACUCAUAUUACAAAUUAGAUCGGAAGUGAUAACUGGACAUUAUCAGAUUUGCAAGAAGCAAUACCAAGAGAAAUUGGUUUCAAAAUGGAUAUACAUUUGUAAAGGUAUGAGGAAAUCUUAAAGAACAUUUAUAAAACAUCUGCUUCCUUGGUUUCUAAAUUAGAAUAUUUUACACUAUUCUUUAUAAUGCAAUCCCUUCUAGAAAUACAAAAUGAAAGUACAAUAACAGAAAUGAACUUGAUUUUGAAUGGAAUCCUUGGACAAGUAUUUGAAAAAUACCCAGAUAUUGGAGGAUUAUUAAUAAUACUUACUGAACCUGACCUUUAGUAAGCUAUCAACAAAAUUCAGACAGAGAUGAUGAAAUAUAAAUAUGGAGUUGAAUUAUUUUAGGACAAGAAAUUCUUUGAAAAUUUUGAAAAUAUGUUUGGAGAAAAUCAAAAGACAUAAGAUUUCAUCGAAUCAAUAGUGUAAGAACAAUUUUAACAAAAUCUCCUUGAAUAUUAUAAGGAUUUUACAGAGAAUAUAAUAAAAGGCAAUAAUAUUAACGAAUUGCUGGCAACUCACAAGGCUUUUAUUGGCAACAUUGAUAUGAGGAUGGAAGAACUCAAAAGUUAUUUGGAAUUCAGAAAAACAAGUUUUACACAUCUUGCAAUGAAUUUAUACUAAAUCUCUGGAAUACUAUUAUUGACAAUUGAGUGCUAGUUCAAUUUGAAGGCUCAAGAAUUAAAAAUAAUUUCUAGCGCUACUUCUAAAUUUCUUGUGAAGAAUAACAACAACCCUAAAUAAUACUAUAAUCUAUUCUCAACUUUAUACUAAAUAGCUCUAUCCAACCCCAGAUAAAAGCACAUUUUUGAUUUGUUAUAGGCUUUUAACUUUUUGAUUCAAUCAAGCAAAAUAGAGUAGUUCAAUGAAAACAAAUUCAAAUAGUAUUUGGUUUAAAUCGACAUAUCAAAAUUAACCUAGAUUUUAAUAGCUAAUAAAUAGUUGUAUCUGUUGAAACUAUUCUUUUGGAUGAUAGAGAUUACUCUUGAAAUUCAUGAUAAAAAAAUAAAUGAAUAUAAAAAUAUGAAAGAGACAUUUUAAAGAAUGAUAAACAACAAAACAUAUCAAAAUGUUGUACUUAAUUCCUUGUUUUUAAUAAACAGAGAGGUCGAUUUGCAUUUUUAAGAUUUUAAAUUAAUGCCUAAAUGA